AUAUUCGCUCCCUGCCCGCGGGUGGGCUGCUCGUUGCUUCAAGGCGGGUCCCCUUGGGCCCGGGGCAGCCGUGCUCCAGCGGGGGGCUGGCGGGGCUCGGGGCCGCCCUCGAAUUGGUGCCUGCCCGCCCCCGGCAUGGCGGCCGCCGCCUCUGUGCCCGCCCCCGGCAUGGCGGCCGCCGCCUCUGUGCCCGCCCCCGGCAUGGCGGCCGCCGCCUCAGUGCCCGCCUCCGGCAUGGCGGCCGCCGCCUCAGUGCCCGCCCCUGUCGCGCCUGCGCCAGCGCCAUGCAGCGGGCGGCGCGGGCAGUGGUAGGGGCCCUGCUCCGCGCCCCGCCGCCAUGGCGGCCCCACCGCCCCCCGGCCGCCCCGCUGCCCCGCCGCCUGGCCUGCAGCUCCGCCGGGGCGGGGCGGCCGCGGGCCGCGCAGUACCGCCUGGUGUACACCUGCAAGGUCUGCCAGACCCGGUCAGCAAAGACGAUUUCCAAGCUGGCCUACCAUAACGGGGUGGUGAUCGUGAAGUGUCCCGGCUGCGGGAACCACCACGUCAUAGCGGAUAACCUGGGCUGGUUCUCCGACCUGGAAGGAAAGAGGAAUAUCGAGGAAAUCCUGGCAGCCAAAGGGGAGAAGGUGAGACGUGUGGUUGGCGAGGAAGCCUUGGAACUGCUUCUGGAAAACUCAGCAGAUACUGGGUCUCAGGGGCAGCCCACAGAGGGAGAAAGCGGGGAAGCUCCCCCAGAGACUGGCAGCAAGGGACAGACCUGACAAAUAGGAUUUGUGUCGAUCUGCUGAUGACAAGAGAGACUCUUUAACUUUUGUUCCUUUAUUUCAGCUGUCUGUGUUUUAAAAUAAACUUGGGCAUUGGUCUUUC